UGGGGUGCAAAGAAAACACUGACACGAAAUGGCUGACAUUGAAAUGCUCCUAAGUCGCAGUGCCAGCCCUAACAAGAUCUCCCCGCCUCGCAAAAGGAACGAGAGCACUUGCUUCUCCGAUGGGGAGACGGCAGGUCGCCAGAGCAGGCUCAUAGAAACACCACCUCCAGAUUACGAGCGAUACCUCUCUGACAGCGAGCUGCCCAGCGCUAGAUACAGCCGCUCUCCAAGGCCUGGCUUUACAGCAUCAAGGAGCCUGAGAGAGUCCCAAGAAGACAGAGAUAAUAGAAGAGGUUUUAUUGCCAGCCAUCACUUUGAUAAUCGCAUUGAUAAUGGGGAAGGAUUGUCUUACAGGGUCAUGGAAAGGGAGGAUGAUAGCGAGUACAGUGAGAGAGACCUGAUCUCACCAACUGCCAAGGAAACAAGACAAAGGAGGAAAGAGAAAAUUAAAAAGGGAAUUAGUGCAACGAGAAUCACUGCACUAGCAGUAUUACUAUUACUAGCUAUUAUUUUCUUUUCAAUCAGAGAUGAGCUAGAAGAACAUUACGUGCUAACUUCAGUCAGCAGCAACAAACCAUACAGCUAUGUGUCUGUUGAUCACGAGAAAGAUAAAUGGUAUCAUAUCAAAUUACACAUGAGGGGUCCUUUCUAUGAUAUGGAAUAUUAUGGUAACAAGACUGGCCCUAAUACUUUUGCUGCAGACCAGGAACAUGGUGAUCCCACAGACUGUUCGACAUUCAUGGUGAUAUGUGUUGAAGAGAAUAACGAUAAUAAUACAAUAUAUGGCAAUGCAUGUGAAUUGUUAAACAGUGAGGAUGCAAACUGUGCUAGUGUACAACUCCUUAAAGACAAGGAGAAACUACAAUCAGGAGAGCAUAGUGAUGAGGAGCUUAUAACUCGUAUAAUACCAGUAAAAACGACUGAUCCAGUUACUGUAAGGUUUCUAGUCUCUGAAGAUGUAGAUGUUCAUUUUGAAUUUGCAAUCAUGGGAGAGAUACUAAGCGAGACAUUACAAAUUGUGCUUGCUGGAUUGAUACUGGUGGUAGUUUACAUAAUGAUAGUGUUUGAUUUGGUGCACAGGACAAUAGCUGCCCUUAUAGGCAGUACCCUGGUAUUGGGUGUACUCUCUAUGCUACACAAAAGACCAACUCUUGAAACAGCAGUUGAAUGGUUAAGCUUAGAAACAAUAUGUCUCUUAUUUGGAAUGAUGGUCUUAGUUGCUGUGUUCUCACAAACUGGCUUCUUUGAUUAUUUUGCUGUUAAGUGCUAUAAGCUAUCAAGAGGAAAAACAUGGCCUCUUAUAUCAUUGCUCUGUUUGUUUUCAGCUGUCGUGUCCGCCUUUUUGGACAAUGUUACCACCAUAUUAUUGAUCACUCCUGUAUCAAUAAGAUUAUGUCAAGUUCUUAAUCUUGAUCCAGUACCAGUUCUUAUUUCUGAGGUCUUAUUCUCAAAUAUUGGAGGAACGGGAACAGCAAUUGGAGACCCACCUAAUGUCAUCAUUGUGUCUCACCCAUUGAUAACAAGAAUGGGCGUUAAUUUUGCUGAGUUUUCUCUUCACUUGGUCAUUGGGAUAAUAUUCUGCACUAUAACUGCUUAUGGGGUUUUAGCGUUCUUUUACUGUACGGUAAUAGUUGGUAAGAAAUCAGCCGAUCCACCACAUAUAUCAGAGAUGAAGAGAGAGAUAGCCAUUUGGGAGAGGACAGCAAGACUAAUGCCAGUAGUGUCACUGGAGGAGAGGGCAGUGAGGGAUGCACUGAGAGCCAAAGCUAGAGAAGUGAAACUACAACUAAAGGAACAAAGAAGAGGAACUAUACGUUCGUCUAUAGAUCUUUGGAAGAAGAACCUUGAGGACUUGGAGAGUCGCUAUAAGAUAACAGACCGUUUCCUUCUCUUCAAGUCGACUGUCGUACUAAUAGUUGUCAUACUGAUGUUCUUCUUCUCUCAUUUUAUACCAGGAGUGGAGCUAAACCUAGGCUGGAUAGCAAUAUUUGGUGCUCUGAUGUUACUGAUACUGGCUGAUAUACAAGAGCUGGAGGCUAUACUGAAUAAAGUUGAAUGGGGCACACUCUUGUUCUUUGCUGGCCUGUUUGUACUAAUGGAGGGACUUGCUGAACUUGGACUCAUGGAAUUUAUUGGAAGAAUAACAGUUGAUGUUAUCAAGCAAGUAGAUGAAGACAAGCAGUUACUUGUAGCAAUAGUGCUAGUUCUAUGGGUAUCAGCUAUAGCAUCUUCAUUCAUUGAUAAUAUACCAUUCACACAAGCAAUGAUUCCAGUAAUCAUAAAGUUAGCAGACUCUCCUGAAGUCUGUCUACCAGCUAAGCCACUUAUUUGGACUCUAGCCUUUGGAGCUUGUCUAGGAGGUAAUGGUACAUUAAUUGGGGCAUCGGCUAACGUGGUAUGUGCUGGACUGGCUGAACAAAAUGGAUACAAAAUAACUUUCAACGGAUUUUUUAAGAUGGGAUUUCCCAUGAUGGUUGUCACCACUUUCACUGCAAAUAUUUAUUUAAUAAUAUGUCACGUGGCGUUCAACUGGAAUGUCAAUUCAUGCUGAAUGAUAGUUUAUAUAGAACAUAAAAACAUAAAAUUAUUUUUUAUAUUAUAUCAAAAAACUAUGUGGUAUGUAUUAAUAUUUUUUGAUUUUUGUGAUGCAUUAUUUUUUGAUAGUUUAUGUUUUUUUCCACUUCUAUCUUGAUCUAAUGUUAUUAUUGUUUUUUGGUGUUGGUGAUAUGGAUAAUUGUAAGUACAC